GUCGUGAGACACGUAAAAUUCGUUGAUAUCAGUUUCGCGCCAUUUAUUAUUUUUAUUUGCAUAAACCUCGGAAGCAUAUUUGUUGGUUUCAGAGACAAUAAUCUGAACUAUAUCUGAGUCCAUAAAUAAAAGAAAAUAACGCUAAUUAUAGCAUCUGACUUAUUUUUUAUGGAGUCCAAGUGUGCGCCGGUCUCUCUAUCAUCAAAAUCAUGUACUACGGGAAUAAACGGACUUUUAUUUCAUUUCAGAACCAAAUUUUGUUUUAGGGCCAAAUUAUCUUGAAUCGCUUCAGGUGACUUAUUAUUUGUGUUUCUGUUUUGACCAUCAACGGAAUUUUCUUCGUCAGAUAACUCAUUAUUGCUAUUUUCGACCUCAUCAAAUAUAACUUCAUUUAUCUCGUCAUCUUCAUCCGAAUCGGGAUAAUACUCACUGCCACUAGAGAUAUAUGGCGCUUCAUUGGAGUCUAACAUCUCCAUCAUAUCGUCAUAUUCCUGUUUUGAUAGCCCACAAAAGUCUCCACACUCAUCAUACCUUUUACGCUUAGAACCACGUGCUUUACUCAUAUUACGCGCGCGAUUGCGACUGUUGUGCCCGAAAUUAUUUUUAAAACUGAAUUCUCAACACGCAAAAUCAUUCAACCGACCUGCAGCUUCACCUUCGAACUAUGCAUGUAACAGCGUUGCCUCCAGUGCUAAAAUAUAGCAUAUCUAAAAUAAGUGAACAAAUAUACAGGGUGUCCGCUAAUUAAUGGUACAUGGAAAAACCACAGACUCCUGAUGUAAAAAUAUUACGAUUCAACUAUAUUUACCUAUAUCCAAAAGUUGAUAUUAACUGAGAUACAGGGUGUUAAACUUAAAACUUUUUUUUUGUUUUUCCCCAAUAACUUUAACAAAAGUUAACUUUUUUUCACAAAAAUUUGUAGUUAGGGGUUUUUUAGGUCGAGAAAUUCAUUUUUUUAACAAAUUGAGUGUACAAUGUACGGGGCGCUGUCUGCGACAUCUUUUUCUCUUUCAUAAGGUCACAACUUUUUUGUGCUUAACUGUAUUUAAGUUUUUAUUGAAAAUAAUACUUUUUUCAUAUUUUUACGUAAAAAAGGUAUACUAAGUUGAAGUCGCUCAGAGUUACCGUUUUGGAGAUAUUUGUAUUUAAAUUAUUUAGUGCACCAUGCACUCGACCCCGGCUGAAUAAUUAAUAUAAUCGGGAAAUAAUUCGCUUUUUUAAAGUAAGCUAUGAGAAAGCAAAUGAACUUUAGAGACGCAGUUGUUAGGAAACCGCCAUGUUGUUGUUGUUUGUUGAUUAGUUUAAAGUUGUCAGAAAAUAUUUAAUUAGUGUUUUCUGUGAUUUUGCAUCCAGUUUACUGUUUUGUUGAAUUUUUAAAUUUUUCUUAAGUUGAGAAACAAUGCCGAGGCACAAUCUUUUUUCAAAUGCCGAAAUGAGGGAUAUGUUGUGUGUAUAUGCGCAGGCAAAUUUUAAUGGACGCGAAGCCUAUAGACGAUAUUCAGAACUCUAUCCAAAUCGAAGACAACCUGAUUUCAAGAUCUUCAAAAAUCUUUACGAUCGAUUAGCAGAAACAGGUACAUUUCGUCCUAAACGGAAUUCCGCAGGGCGCCCGAAGGUUAUAACUCCAGAACAAGAAGAAGAAAUUCUGGUUCGCGUGGCUGAAAAUCUGGAAAUAAGUGCAAGACAUGCUGCUGCGGCAACUGGAGUAGGUAAGUCAUCCAUUUGUAAAAUAUUUCACGAAGAGGAUCUUUAUCCGUAUCAUUUCACUCCUGUGCAAAAUUUAUUAGAAAAUGAUUUUGCGCCCAGGAUAGAAUUUGCCCGUUUUUGCCGUGCCCAAAUAAAUGCCGACCCCAUGUUUCUGAAUAAGAUACUAUUUACUGAUGAAGCAACGUUUACACGUAGAGGCAUUUUCAAUUUUAGAAAUAAACACACAUGGGCAUUACAAAAUCCACAUUCAGUACACGAACAUCAUUUCCAACAUGAAUUCAAAAUUAAUGUAUGGUGUGAUAUAAUCGAUAAUCAUUUAUUGGGCCCUUUCGAACUACCGCCCAAUUUAAACGGGGAACUCUACCUUGAGUUCCUAGAAACACAUUUACCAGAUUUUCUUGAUGAUAUUCCGCUGGACAUAAGGCAACAUAUGUAUUUCAUGCAAGACGGAGUGCCAGCACACUUCUCUAGAGCUGUCAGAGAGUACCUGAACAACCGUUUUCCUAAUCGCUGGAUAGGUCGUAGGAGCCAGAGGCCAUGGCCGGCGCGAAGUCCCGAUUUUAACCCGCUGGAUUUUUGUGUAUGGGGCUAUAUGAAGUCGCUCGUUUACAAAGAAAUAGUGAAUUCCAGAGAAGAACUAUGGCAGAGAAUUUUAUAUGCUGCACAAAAGCUACGAAACGAACAAUUAUUUUUUUAA